CUAAGAAUUUAGUUUAGGAUGAAGAAUCAAUUCAUUCAUUCAUAAAAAUAUAUAUUUAAUUUACAUUCAAAAAAGAUACAAAUAAAAACUAUUAAGAAAAUAAUAGAAAUGUUUAGAAACUUAAAUAAUUUGUUUUAUAAAGUUAAUCACUUAAAUAAAAGCAGUUUAUAUAGAAACUUAGAAGUAUAGAGGCUUACUUAUUAGAUAUAAAGAAAUUACUUUCAGCAAUUUCUCCCAAAAUAUGAAUGCAGAAAAAUUCUACUUAGAGAGAAUAAACCUAUUAAUGAUUAGUAUAGGAAGACAGCUUUGAAAUCGUAUGAAUAAAUUAUCGAAAAGGUUAAAGACAAUAAAAAAAAGCUUAUAUUUUUUAUCUUAGUCCUACUAAUAUGCUAAUAUACCUCAGGAUAUGAAAAACUUGUUUAUUGGUGGAAGUUCAGAGAGCCUAUUAAAAAUAAGCUGAUGAGAUGGUUUUUUGGAGCCGAAAAUGUUAUUCCUAGCACAAUUGUCGAAUAAAGUUUCCAUGAUAUUAAGAUAUCUCCUGAAAGCAUUGACAUCUUAUCAUUAUAAUUUAGAGAAAAGGAAAAAACUCUUAAAUUAGGUAUAAGUCGCAAAUACAUGUCUAAAAUAUAUAAAGACUUUCAUCUCUUUGAAAAAGAUGAGGAUAAAAGAAUAUUUUAUGUUUCUUCUGGCUAUUCUAAAAAAAGAAACUAAAAACCUGCAGGAAUUAAUUUAAGAGAAUUCCUCAAAUUAUAUUAUGAAGGUUAUUUGAAGCUAGUUAAAAAAAACCCUAAAUUAUCUGAAAGCGAGUAUCUGAAAUAAUUUUUAAAUAGCUUAGAAACACACUUUGAAGGAAUGAAAGCUUGGGAAGUAGAAUUCCUGAAAAAGAGAAAAGAUUUCAAAAAACUAGAAUAAGAACAAGAAAAAUCUACUGUAGUAAAGGAGAUGUUAAAAAAAGACCCUUUGAUUUCAUUAUAAAAUUUAGAGUAGGAAGUACAAAAAUUAGGUUUUGUUGGAGUCAGUACAAAAGAAAAAAUAUUAAUUUUAAAUAAGCAACUUACUUUGCUUCUUGUAUACAAAAAUUAUUAUGAAGAUAAAAAAGAAAUGUCAUUUGGUAGUAAAUUAAACAGAAUUGAUCUUAAAAUAGAGAAUACAAAUAAUGAAAUUGAAAGUGUCAAAAAGUAAAUAGAAGAUUUAAAUGCAGUUUUAUCAAGCCACUAUAAAAAUGUAACCCUUUUUGUAAAUAAGGAGUAAAUUUGAAAUAUUCUUCAAAAAAUAAUUUAUUUAAUAGCUAUAAUUAAAAAUAAAUAAAUAAAUAUAUGAUUCUCUAAAAAGUAUAUGGUUAACUAAAUAAAAUUUUAAAUAUGUUUCAUAAAAGUAUAUUUUAAGUUAUGUAUUUAUUUAUCAACUAAUCAAUAAAUUC